AUGCCCUACUGCGGUAGAUGCGAUAGGGGCUUCAGCUCCACGGACGCCUUGCGUCAGCACCAGAGGGAUUCGCCUUAUCACUUCCUCUGCUAUGAGUGCCCUUGGGACUCCGACGAUGACUUCUCCUCCCAGGAAGGGCUGGAUGGUCACAUGGAAGACAUCCACAACUACUGCAGCCCGUGUGACAGGUUCUUUGGGCGACCCGAGGAUCUGAGGCGCCACGACGUGGAUAAGCACAACAUGUGUGGCGUUUGCGGUCGGUACUUCAGCUCCCCCAACGCUGUCAGACAGCAUGCCCAGACACACAUGCCCAGGGACCAGAGUUGCAUUGGUGGAUGUGGCAGAAGCUUCCCAACCUUUUCGGCCAUUCUCCUCCACCUCGAGCCCGGUGCCUGUCUCGGAGCUGGUGUGGACAGGGACGAUAUCAAUCGCAUAGCCGAGCAGUCCUGUGGACUCAACUGCAGUUACCUCCGGGGUAUUUUCCAUGCCAAUUGCCCAUCUUGCGACUGCGAGUUUCUCGCCAUCAGCGCUCUGCUGCAGCAUGUCGAGAGCCUUGCAUGCGAAGAGAGUCCCUCGUGGAAUCGGUGGAGGAGGUUUCGAGCGGUGUUGGAGAACAACAUCACCUCGGCCAUCGUGGAUAUCUGA